ACUCAGCUUUGCCUGGCAUCGACUAGGAAAGUAUUUAUCUCAUCCGAAAGUUGUUUUUAUUGGAGUGGGAUUAUUGGUUUUAGCGUCAACUGGGCUAUUAUUCUCGGACAUCAAGAAAAUUAGCUCUGAUUUCGACUGUGUAAAUGAAAAAGUGGGAAUCUGUUUACGAACCCAUGAAGACCAACCUUACAUGAUUACUACUCAACYAUUGUUACCAUCAAAGACAAGAGACGGCUGUUCGCCUGUCAACACUGACUGGUUUCCASUUUGUCGGUCUAAGUACAAGCAAUUCAACAAGACGUGGAACGAACGAUGUCAUGGCGAKAAAUAUAAAGUGAAUAUGAGCGACCCUUGUUCUGUGUUGAGAUAUCUUAGCGAGGUAGAGCCUUGGUGUCCAAAGCUGCCGUCCAGUCCAACGAGAAAACCUUUGACUCAUACACAUUUGGCCAAGAUUCAAACCAAUAUUAGCGGCUUAUUGAAACAUUUAAAGCAUGAAGAUUUCGCUUGGAUCAGAAUGAGAGCUCAGUCAUCUUGGAGCGAAUGGGUUAAUGGGGCAAUGGGCCUACUCAAAGAAAAUGAUCUGAGCAAUCGGAAAAGACAACGGAUCAUAUUUUACAUGGGUGCAUUUGAUGUAUACCCUGAUUUUCUACAAAAAGCAUUUCGUGGUGGAUAUUUAGGCGAGUUAGUUCAGUGGACCGAUGUCAUCUGUUCUUUUUACAUCCUUGGUCAUGAGCUUCAUAUAUCUAAAAGUGUUGUGGACAUAGAAUCGAAAGGGAUACUAACAACACAUGAUAAUAGUUGUGCUGCAUCAAAGGUUCGUCAUGUAGAUCGUAUAGUAACGGACAUCCUCGGKACACGGUUUUUAGAGAUCUAUCUCGGGAAAUCAUUCCCAGCCUACAGGUGUAAGCUGCUUUUGCUUGAUAGUUUUGGUACUGAAGCUGAAUUYAACUACGCAGAAUAUACUGGAAACCUAAAAAGAUCAGACUUCGGGAAUUUGAACUUAAAUCUACGACAGUUCUUAACUAUGUAUCCACAUAGCCCGGACAAUCUCUUCAUGGGUUUUGCUAUAUCUAAAAAUGCGAACUCAACAAAAAAAUACAUCCCUACACACAAAAGAAAACCCAAGGGAGUGAUUUAUGGAAAAUUACCUGGAUAUUACCAGGAAAAACACAGAUAUCUUCAAAUACUACACAAGUAUCUUGAGCUACAUGGAACUGUCAAUGGAACGGAGAAAGAAGUCAAAAAGUACUUACCACAUUACGUUAUAAACCACGGAGUUUUAGAAAUAUCAAAAUUAUCAGAACUACUUCAAGAAUCCAAGGUGUUCAUAGGUCUUGGCGGACCGUACGAAGGUCCAGGUCCUCUCGAUGCUGUUGCCAAUGGAUGUUUCUACAUCAAUCCAAAGCUUAUUCCGUCGAUGAACCGAGAAAACAGUGCAUUUUACUCAAGCAAACCAACCAACAGAACGGUAGCUUCACAGAAUCCCUAUACUGAGGAAUUUAUUGGAAAACCGUUUGUUCAUACCAUUGAUAUCAACAACGACCAGGAAGUGGAAAAUGCAAUAAAAGAAAUACUACAGUCCAAGGAUGUUCCACAUCUGCCAUAUGAGUUUACCCACGAAGGAAUGCUUCAAAGAGUCAAUACUUUCCUAGAAAAUCUGGACUUUUGUAAACCUGGUCAUCAAUGGCCACCAUUAUCACAAAUGAAGCCAGUGAAAGGUCUAAAAGGAGAAUCUUGCAAAAGUGUCUGCUUUAGAAAUGGAUUUUUAUGCGAACCAGCUUUUUUUCGUCAUCUCAACGACGUUAAAAUGCUAAAAAGUGUUGGCCUUGGGUGCAAGAAGUUCGUUCGAGUAGAGUCAAUCUACGCGCCGUCGUUCAACUCCACAGAUCAAACGUGCAUACUACAAGAAAUGCCGUUGUUGUAUAGCUGUGUAGCACAUGAUGAUCACGUGACAAGGCUGUGUCCCUGUAGAACCUACCAGAAAGGCCAAGUAGCAUUAUACAAGACUUUGAAAUCACGUGAUGCUGACACGUGACUCCAUCUGAACUUAUCCGGCUGCAAUUUCUGGCUGCAUCGUUUUUGAACGAACGCCGACUAAAAUAGUUAUUUAUUUUUACAUUCUUUCUGAUCGUUUUCAUGUGUUAAUAAUUUCAAUAACUUAUAUUGCUACAAAUAUGGUUUUGGUUAUAUGCCSAACUKCAYGUACGUAAUAAUGACCACGCAAUGCGCCAAAGAUGACUUGUUGUGUCAGGCAUUAUUUACAAUCAACAUAUCAUUUAACACUUAAAUCCGCGAAUCAAGAGGUUGUUUCUAUGACGGAUUGACAUCUCUCAAGACCAAGAAUCAACAUUAGUUAGUUUAGUUUACUCGCAGAUAACAGGUGAACGAGUUUCCCGUUGACUUUGUCAAUACUGAAACGAUCCCUUGCAAUGAUUUGGAAUUCUCGUUAAAKUUUUUUUGCUAUGGAAUCGAAAAACAUUGUUUGGAAGUGGCAACUAGUUAUCAUACAGGUACGGUUUCUUUUAGUAUGUACGUAUACGUUUUCCUCGUGGACUCUUUCCAAGUGAACGAUGGUCCAAAGUAGAAUAAUACKCGAUCAAUGACAUCUUUUGAAAGAGAAAUUUUUGAGUUCUGUGGGAUCCGGCAAAGAACGUCGAUAUCAAAUUAGAUAUAACAAGGACUGAUAUAUGCGAGGAGUAACGUUUCUACUCUUGGACAAAAAARYUCCUCUUCAUUUAAUUAUYUAAUUUUUUACCAUGUUUCUAGUUUAUUUCGAUGGGUGGAUUUAGCGCGUCGUCCGGUAAGUAUAGAUACAUUUUUGUAACCUUUUUUUCCCCUUCACUCUUGCGGUUUUUAUGGUGCUUGCAACCACUUUAUUUUCACAUUAUUGGCACAAAUCUUACUCUCACUCAGGUCAAGUUACAUUUUAAAAAAUGAGGCAAAAUUUCAUCUUUUUCAGUAAUCAUUCGAUUUUUCGCGAAAUAAAAAACAAACUCAUCAAAAUCAAACAUGCAAGUAUCGCACAUUGAAUGCUUUGAACUCUAUAGAGUAAACAAAUUCUGUAAACUGAAUGUCAUAUAAAAUCAACAUUGUUCAUAUAUUACAAAAUAUGUACCUAUUAUAAAAUCGACGAAUACAUAAAACAUCAUUAGACACGGUAAUGAGUAUUAGUGUCAUUCUUUUCUCUUCGCCGAAAAGAAAAGAAAAAGCUCAUCGAUAUUGA